GAAUUUCAUUAAUUUUAUAUGUUUUUUUUAAUAUCAAGCCUAAUCGUACCUUUAAUAAAUAUUGUAGUGUGAAAGUCAAAAACCCAUUUAAUUGUGUGUACACAUAAAUAUUUACAAAUUGCAAUUGAAUCAUGCGUUAGUACUGUUCUGAAACAUAACAUGUUUAAUUAUUAGUUUUCAAAGUUUUUUACGUCAGUUUUACUUUGUCGAUUUCACGUUAGUCUUAUACAAAAAUCGAAAAUGUUGCGUUGCAUGUCUUCGGGUAUCGUUAAGAUUUUGCGUUCUUCUCAAAGGCUGCCUGCUUUGGUAAUUUCCCGUAAUUGCAUGCAUAUGCACGAAGAAGAACCGGAACAUAUUUUUUCAAAACGUUUUGAAGAUUUCUUUAACCGUUGCGAAAUCGAUGGCUGGGAUUUGCGUCAAGGCAUGAAUGAUAUAUUGGGUAGUGAUGUGGUUCCCGAUCCCAAAAUAAUUGAAGCUGCAUUGCGUGCUUGCCGUCGUGUCAACGACAUAGCUCUAGCUAUCCGGUGGUUGGAAGCAUGCAAGGAUAGAUGUGGCGAUAAGGUAGACCAAAUAUAUCCAUAUUUAAUAGGUCACAUACGCCCAACACUAAUCGAACUUGGUAUUCCAACUCCAGAGGAAUUGAAUUACGAUAAGCCUGAGUUGGCUGUAAAAUCAGUAUUUGAUAUGUGAACUAAUAAAUCUGAGUAUUGAUAAUUAAAACAAGAUUUUUAUCAUUAUA